GUCAUAUCCGAUGGCCAAGUACAUAUAUGCGGAGAUUGAGAGGACUGGAGUUGGACCAAGCCCGAUAGAAAUGUUUCAGAGGUUUCACGUUACUGCUGGCAAAGAUGGAGAGGAAGAACGUUGGAGUAGUAAGAAAGCGAAGGAGCUUUAUGAUGAAAUGGAGUUGAAAAAACGUAUUGAAGAGGUUUUGGGUGGUGAAGGAGAAGAAGAGUUGGAUGAGUGGGACAUAUAUAAGGAGGUGGUUAGUGGUUCCAAAAAAAGACACAUUCGUGGCUUAGGUGACGGAAUGGAACCACCAGAAGAGUUUUACAAUUCAAGCGGCAGCCGGCCUUGCUUGGAACGUGAAGAGGAGUUUCGAGCUAUGAAAGAAGAAGUUGGAAGUCUUAGGGCUGACGUGGCAGAAAACAAGAAACUCCUUCAAGCUUUGAUGGACAUGGUAACUCUUGGUUUGGGUGCUUAUUCAAGUUCACCUCCAAAUGACACAAUCAUUUCACCUACUCAUGGAGAUUCUGAAGAGGAUUGUGCACCUUGAUUAUGAGUCGGUAGUUGUCGGACAACUUAUCUAUCUACUUAUAGUUAUCUAGAAAUAUCUACGAGACAAUGUAGCCUCUAAGUGACUAAACUCUUUGUUCUUGUUUUCUCAUAUCUCUUCACUAUUUCUACUGUUAUGGAUGUUAAGGAUGAUGUCUUGCAUUAUUUGUACUAGUAAGGAUGUUAUGGAUAAUUUGUUAGGAAAAAAAUUUCGU